AAAAUAAUUUAGAAAUCAACACAACAAAAUGUCUUACGGUGAAAGUGAGUAUGGUGGAAGUGGAAUUGAAUCUGAUGAAACCGGGUAUGGAAAUCGAUCAGAAUAUGGAAAACCCAAAAAGUCACAUGGAUCUGGAUAUGGACGAGACGACGAUGAUGUGCCCAAAUCUGAAUAUGGAUCGGGUUACGGGUCAAAAAGUACUACUCAUGACUCUGAUGAUCAGUACGGGUCAGGUGGAUAUGGGAGCAAAACCGGAUCCAGUGGGUAUGGAAAGAAAAGUGAAUACGAGGAUAAGAGUUCGGAAUAUGGAAAUGAAUCGGGUGGAUAUGGGAGUAAAACCACAUCCACUGGGUAUGCAAAUGAAUCGGGUGGGUAUGGGAGUAAAACCACAUCCACCGGGUAUGGAAAUGAAUCGGGUGGAUAUGGGAGUAAAACCACAUCCACCGGGUAUGGAUCAGGGAACGUAAGAAAGAGUGGUGGUGAUGAUGAUGAUGAUGAGGGGAAAAAAUCAGCAUAUGGGUCAAGUUAUGGGCGAAAGACCGAUUCUGAUGAGUAUGGAUCUAGUGGGUAUGGGAAAAAGAGCGAAGGUUAUGGGAGUUCAACAAUUGAGAGGCCUAGUUAUGGUAGGUCCGAGGAAGAUGACUACAAGAAGCCUAGCUAUGGGAAGGGCGAUGACGAUGAUGAAGGCUAUGGUCGCAAGAAAUAUGGUGAUUCUGACUCUGACUCGGGCUCUGACAAGGAGAGGAAGAAAAAUCGUCGCAAAAAGCACACCGACGACGAUUGA